AUCAGAGCGUGGCAAGUCAGACAAGUUACAGAAGGAGGAGACGGUGGUGCUUUCAGAAGUGAGAGUUUGUAUGAAACCACAAACCGAAGGUUUGCACAGCAUUAAGCCAUCAGUAUUGAUCCGGGCAGCUGGUCUGUGCGACAGGCACCUUUUUGAUGACAUUCAUCAGCGGUAUUAGCUCAGUUAAUUAAAGGGCUACAGCUCCCGGGUGGACCGCAGGGACAAUGAAGAAGGUUGCUCUGCUGCUAAUUGUGCUCCUCGGCGUUGCACACUUUGCGACUGUCUGCAGGUGUGAAGAAGACUCAGAAGAAAACAGAGCGGUGGCAGUUGAUGAAGACAGUGAUGAUGAGGAAGAGGAGGAUGACAACGACGAGGAUGACACGGUGGUGAAAGAAGAGAACGGAGUCCUGGUUCUCACCAACAGCAACUUUGACACCUUUAUCGAGGGAAAAGACACGGUUCUGGUCGAGUUUUAUGCACCAUGGUGUGGCCACUGUAAGCAGUUCGCCCCAGAGUAUGAGAAGAUCGCUCAGACUCUGAAGGAGAACGACCCCCCGAUUCCUGUGGCCAAAGUGGACGCCACGAAAGCAGACGCGGUGGCGAGCCGCUUCGACGUGUCGGGAUAUCCCACCAUCAAGAUCCUGAAAAACGGAGAGCCCAUCGACUACGACGGAGAGAGGAACGAGAAGGCCAUCGUGGCGCGGGUGAUCGAGGUGUCUCAGCCGGGCUGGGAGCCGCCUCCUGAAGCCACGCUGGUCCUGACCAAGGACAACUUUGACGAAACAGUCAAUAACGCGGACAUCAUCCUGGUGGAGUUCUACGCUCCAUGGUGUGGGCACUGCAAGCGUCUGGCUCCGGAGUACGAGAAGGCUGCGAAGGAGCUGAGUCAGCGUUCCCCUCCCAUCCCUCUGGCCAAGGUAGACGCCAACGUGGAGACGGAGCUCGCCUCGCGCUUUGGGGUCACCGGCUACCCAACGCUGAAGAUCUUCAGGAAGGGCAAAGCGUUUGAGUACAACGGACCCAGGGAGAAGUACGGCAUCGUCGACUUCAUGAGUGAGCAGGCAGGACCCCCUUCUAAGCAGAUACAGGCAGCAAAGCAAGUGCAGGAGCUCAUCAAAGAUGGCGACGACGCAGUCAUUGUUGGCAUUUUCUCCAGCGAACAGGAUGCAGCCUAUGAGAUCUACUUUGAAGCCUGUAACGCUCUGAGGGAGGACUUCACCUUCCGUCACUCCUUCAGCUCCGAAGUGGCCAAACUGCUGAAAGCGUCUGCUGGUCAAAUUGUCAUUAUUCAGCCUGAAAAGUUCAACUCAAAGUAUGAGCCAGCCUCCAACAAGCUUACAGUCAAGGAGUCGGUGUCUGAAGUCCAGGAGUUCUUCAAGAAACAUUCCAUUCCACUGGUGGGACACAGAAAACCCAGCAACGAUGCCAAGCGCUACGCAAAGAGACCCCUGGUGGUCGUUUAUUACGGAGUCGACUUCAGCUUCGACUACAGGAUAGCCACACAGUUCUGGAGGUCCAAGGUGCUGGAUGUCGCCAAAGACUUUCCAGAGUACGCGUUCGCCAUCGCAGAUGAGGAAGAUUACGCCGAGGAGCUGAAGAGCCUGGGCCUGAGCGAGAGCGGCGAGGAAGUGAACGUUGGGAUUUUGGCGGACGAUGGAAAGAAAUUCGCCAUGGAGCCGGAGGAGUUUGACUCGGAGGUGCUGAGAGAAUUUGUCGUUGCUUUUAAGAAAGGAAAGCUGCAACCCAUCAUCAAAUCCCAACCAGUGCCAAAGAACAACAAGGGACCAGUUAAGGUCGUGGUGGGAAAGACUUUCGACGAAAUCGUCAUGGAUACCCAAAAGGACGUCCUGAUCGAGUUUUACGCUCCCUGGUGCGGCCACUGUAAGAAGCUGGAGCCCGACUACGUGGCGCUCGGCAAAAAGUACAAAUCCGAGAAGAACCUGGUGAUCGCCAAGAUGGACGCCACCGCCAACGACGUGCCGAACGACAUCUACAGAGUGGAAGGCUUCCCCACGAUAUACUUUGCCCCUAGCGGCAGCAAGCAGAGCCCUGUUAAAUUUGAAGGCGGAGACAGAACAGCAGAGGCUCUCGGUAAGUUUGUAGAGCAGCACGCCACAAAGCUCCUAAAGAGAGACGAACUUUGAGACUCUCUCCACGAAGGAGCUGAGAACUCUAAAUGGCGGCGGGGUUGUUGUCUGUUGGGGGUCUGGAGGAGUCUGGGAGGCCAAAGGGAAAACGGCAGUUUCUAAUCGGUGUUACUGACUUUAUUUGAUGCGGUUCAAUCAUCCUUUUUUUAGUUUCUGUUCAUUCCAAGAGGUUCGGCCUCUGUUUCUGAAAGCAUGUAAGCACUGACUGUUUUUAAAUAAAGCUGAAAAUGAUGGUGGCUUUCUGCACCAACACUCA